AUGUCUCACAACAACACGACAGUAUUAUUAUUCACAGUACAAGGCAUAUUGGCUUUAUUGACCUGUGGUCUCUGCUGCUUCAUAUAUGCCUAUCGUUGUAAUAAUAAAAAUGAAGGAAAUAGAAACAAAAGAAGCAUAUCGAAGGUAAAUGGUGAUUCCUAUGGAGAAAGCACUAGUUCUACAUUCAAAAAAAGUAAGAUCAAAGAAGGAGAAAAUCCACAAAGGGACAAAUGCAAAGAAAUAGGAUGUACAAUAUUCCAUGAAGAAGGAACAAAUUAUAUAGAAAAUAGCUUGCGUUGUGUAAAUAAUAAUGUAUCGGAAGGGAAUGAACCAAUUGUUGUCAGUAAGAAUGGUAAUAAUAGCACUUGUAAUAUUAGUAGCUAUAAUAAAGGCAAAGAAAAUGGAAAAUUCGAAAUGAGAAACACUAAUGUAGAACAGAAGGAAUUCCAAAAAAAUCUUUGCAACAGAACAACCAACAAAAUUGGAACUUAUUCGGAUUACCAAGCAAAGAGUCGAGGAGGGAAUUGUAAUCAUGAAAAAGUAGGAAGAAGUAGAAUCACGAAUGAUGAAGGCAUACCUCUUAACAUAAACAGUUUAAAGGAAUCGAAGUAUCCACUGUUAAUGGGUAUGACCCUCAGAAAUAAUUCUGAACCUUACAUGAUUCAAAAUGAUAAAAAUUACAAAUCUGAAAAUAGUACAAAUACAGGGAAAACAGGAACAGAUAUGUUUCCCAAGUGGGAUAAUGAAGAGAAAGCAAAAUUUUCCAAUAAUUCUGAAAAUUUCAUCAAAAAUAAUAUGCCACAAAAUAGACAUCCCCGAAAAAGCUUUGAAGAAAAAGAUAAUCACCAUCCCAAGUCCAACUGUUGUAAGAAAACCUCUAAUUACCAAAACAUAGAUUCACACAUAUGUGCUAAUGUUUAUGGUAGGGAUCAUAAGAACAAAGUUGUAGAAAAUUUCGUAGUCAAAGAAAGCAUACGAAGUAGAAGUAAUAAUAUGAGUAUUACUGCAAAUAGUGUAGAAGCAAAACAUAGAGGAAAAUGUGGUACUAUACAAAAUGGUGAAUGUCAUUUGACUAAGGAUAGGGAAGAAAAUAAAUCCUAUAAAAUGUCAGUUUGGGAUAAUCAAAACGUGUAUUAUCCAAAUGAAAAAUUUUGGGAAAUCAAGAGAGGAAUGUUAAUUCGGAAGUAUCAAGAUGAAUGUAAUACGGUCAAAAGUGCCGAAAAAAACAGAGAAAGAAAAUGUUUGGGAGUUCCCAACAAUUUGACAUACCAGAAGAUGAAAUAUUAUCACAAUUUUGAAGAAGAAGAAGAAGAGGGCAGAGAGGAAGGAGAUAAAGAUAAAGAGACGGAAAAGGAAAAAGGAAAAGAAGUAUAUAAAGGGAAAUACAAACAACAUCCUGAUUGUGUGAAUAAUUUUAUUUCCUCGAAAAGAAUGAACCAUUCUAAUGAUGAAGUAAACACAAGUACUAUAUUGACAAAAUGUGAAAAAAAUAUAUUACACCAUUUUGAUAGUAAUAUAUCAAAUAAUAGGAAACUUCUAAGUGUAGCAAGUAACAGUCAUAUGGUAGUAAUAAAAGACAAGAAAAAAAGUAACUCAGGUUCACUAGAACGAAAAGAUGAUAAGCAUAACAAUUUAUCUACGCAUUAUACUGUUCAUAAGAAAUGCCAUUCAAGACAUGACAUUUCCCACAUUAGUAAUAGGAACACGAUUGAGAACAACUAUGACAAAGGAUACAUAGAAGAAGGAACUGUUUUGUCACAGGAAAACGAUAGAGAAAAAUAUAAUAUGUAUUCCAUUAAUAAUAAUAUUGAUGAACAUACUUAUAAAGUUCCCAAUACGGAUAAUUACAAAGAGGAGAAAUAUUUCUAUCCGCGUGGUCUCUAUUCAGAUAAACAGAUGUCUAGAAAUAGGAUAAUCUCAGGUCAUGCAAAAAUUGUGCACCCCCAUGAAUUAUUUUACAAUAAUGAUAAUGGUAGUAGUAGCAAAAAUGAAGAAAAUGAAGAAGUACCCAAAGUGAAAGGUUCAUCCAGUCUGAGGCAAUUUAUCAAUUCACAAAAUUUUUCGUCAGGGGGAAAAACGAUUGGUCAUUCAGCAGAAACGAAAAAAGCGAAUCACAUUUGCAGCAGAAGUGGGAAUAACAAGAGUGAUAGCAGAAGUGGGAAUAACAAGAGUGAUAGCAGAAGUGGAAAUAACGAUGUGUUCUGUAGGAACGAAAACAAUUGUUGCACACGUGGGUAUAGCAAGGAGAGUAGUACUAACAGGAGUGGUGAAGAUACAUUUUACAAAAAGACACCUACUGUGAAUGUAGCAACGAAUAGAUCGAUGAAGGGGUACAGAAAUAACUUGAUACAUACGAAUAGAAGCAAAAAAGACGUUAAUAACUUCACAAAAUGUUCUUCUGUAAAUAAAGAAAAAAAAAAAAAUGUAGACCAACCCACAGAUGACUAUUUUACGGACAGAACAAAAUGUUUCCUUUGUAAGGAAAAAAAAAAUGCACACAAAAAUAAUAAACCUUAUUUUUUUGAAAAUAUUUCAAAAAAGACAGAUAAUAAAAAAAAUAUUGUAUACUCCAAAAAAAAUAUGCCAAAUGAUCACAUUUGUUUACCGAACCACAGUUGCAGUAAUAUGUGCCUGCAUUACUUCGAUAGAGUAAGUAAUAAUAAUGAAAACUUUUUUCACACAAAUAAUUUUGAGGACAGUGGGAUUCAUGACGUUAGUAAUUAUUUCCCGUUAUACAAUUCGUCCAAGCCAUUUAGGUAUAUGGAAAGGAAGGAACUUGAUUGUGGAAGAGAUGAAAAAAUGAAAAGUAAGAACGAACCGAUUGGUGAUAUUUACCUUUUAACUGAUGACAACGCUGACUAUAAUGGAUUAGAGGAUAGCCAAAAAGAUGGUAUCCGAAGUGGUGGCAAUGUAAGCAAUACUCGAAGGAGCAGCGUGAAAUCGAGAGAAGGCUUUAUAUAUGAAGAAGAAGAAGAAGAAGGAGAAGCGAGAGAAGGAGAAUCACGUUUCAACAGAAGAAAUGAUGAAGCAUUAAAGAACCAAGUCCCGUUGAGCAAUGGUGAAAUAACCAAUUAUAGAAAUAAUAGAAUAAAAGAUGAAAAAAAAAACAGAAUAAAUUACAAUUCAGAAAAGGAUGGAAAAUCUAAUUCAACAUUAUGGAUAGAAAAACACGAAAUGGAUUCAAGGCAGAUGGAAUCAAAUGAAUAUAAAAAUAGCACAGAAAUUGAUCAAUUAAUACAUGCAUAUUUACAAAAUUCGAAAAAGGUGUAUAAAUUUAACACAUCAGAUAAAUCAGAUAAAGACAUUAACCACAUGACAGAUCGGUACAUGCCUGAAAUGACAAACUUACGUAAGGAAUUAAGUCAAAGCAGUAAUAGAAAAAUAAAGACUUCAAAUGAGAAUAGGAACCUCUUUCCUCUGCUAACAAAUGUAGAUAACGAUAAAAAAGUAAAACAGAGGAGCAAGGAUGAUGUAUGUUCUUCUCAAGGGGAAGGGAUGGUAAAUAAAAGGUCUACUACAUCGGGAAUUAAAUCUAGUGGGGUAGGAAAAGACACGAUUAAGGAUAAUGGAUAUGAGAAGAAUGAAUAUAUUGACCAAUAUGAAGGACCAACUGAGGAAGAAAAUUCUACAUAUCAAAACGAAAUUAAAAAUAAAGAUAUAUGUUUGAAAAAUAAAAAACGAGACAACAUGUUAGUCAUUAAAGAAGAACAAAAUAGAAAUGAUCAUAUGCUAUGCCAAACAGUGAGGAGAAGCGCUAGGAUGAAAAGUGAGAAAUAUAAAAAAAAAAAAAAAAGUUGUGGUAAUGAUACACUUGUAUGUACAGAAAGUGUUCAGGAAUAUAUAAAAGAAGAAAGUAGUAAAAAAAAGAAAAACAAUAUAAAUAAUAAGAACGAAAAAAUGAUCGAAAAAAAGAAGAAAAAAAAAAUAUCUAAAACACAAACUAUGGAAUUAAAAAUAUUUAGAGAUAAAACGGUUUUAAAAGAAAAAGAAAAGUUAAAAAUGACAAAUGAAAAAUACAAAAGAAUUGAUGAACAGAGAUGUGCAUCAGGAUUUGUUAAUUUUUUAAUUGAACAUAUUCAAAAAAAGAAAGACAAGGAAAAUUUCGAUGAUUUAUUAAAAUAUACUUUAAAAUUAAUAAAUAUAUAUAAAAUUAAAACUAUAGAUUUUGUAGAAGCAUUUUUAAUACUUGAAACUAUUAAUGUAAAUGUAAUUAGAGAAUAUCCAAUUGAGGAAUGGAUAUUGGUAACUUUUCAUUUUCUUAAAGGAAAUGCAAUAGAAGAAAAAUUUCAAUUCAUAAUUAAUUCCUUAAAGUUAGAUAACAUAAUAAUUGGUAACGUCACAGCUUCUUUUUAUAUGAACAAAAAAACUAUAAGAAUGACAGAGAAAAAUAUGAACAGAAUUCUUACUAUUCUCUCAGAUGUAAUGAGAAGAAGAUCUUCCAGGAUUAAAACGUUUAACAGUUCUAAUUAUGAAAGUAAGACUAAGGAAGACAACCAAAAGGAUGAGCUAUUAGGGUCUUGCUGGAAGCCAGUUGACGCAACCAUGGAGACAAAGAUUGGCAAAGGUGGCAUGGCCAAGUCAAACUGUGAGAAGAGAGAUUACCAAUAG